AUGAGCGCCGGCCGAACAAAGGUCCAAAGACACGAGUCAAAACAGACUGAUUCUGGGGAUGAAGCUGUUGAUGACGCCGUGGCGGAGGUAGCAAGCAAGAAGAAGGCUGCUAAGAAGCGUCCACCACCUGCUGAAGAAGAGGAGGAUGUUGAAGAAGAGGAAGAGGAUCCGAAACCCCUCCCAAAACGAACCGGGGUUAAGGGAAAGAAAGGCGAGAAGCCAACCUUUGCCAUCUGCAAAAAACCUCUAGACGAUGGAGGUGCCUGUGAUUGUACCGGAAAUGAUAUUGUUUGCGAUCAAGUCGUUUUUGAUGAUGAAUCCGAACUUGACACCCUCAUGCUCACACCCCCAAAAAAUGCCACCUACACCUAUUUUGCGGCUCGAGAAAAUUUCUUUCCGAUUUUGAAAAAGGGCGAAAUCCUACCCCUCAUCGCCGACAAAAUUGAAGAGCUUGAUCUCUCCAAAAACAAGCUGGUCACCAUCGAGUCCGAGGCGUUCGCCGAUUUAAACAGCCUCUCCAAACUACACCUCAACCAUAAUAAACUCAGGCGUCUCCCAAAGGACGCUUUCAAGGGCGUUGAGGACAAGUUACACCAGCUUUUCUUGAAUUCCAACGAUUUGCGCAACGUGGAGGAGGGGACAUUUAAGUCGUUGAAAAGUUUGCGGCGCUUGGAAAUGGAUUAUUCGAAGGUGAAGAUAACGAAGGGGCUUUUUGAGGGAAUGGAUAAUCUGGAAAAGUUGUCACUAGAUGGAACCACUUUUGACGACAAUACAGAUGUGAAUGUUUUUGACCAUCUACCAAAUCUUAAAGUACUCUCCCUGCGCAACACCCACCUUACUGAGGUCCCAACGUCGAUUCAAGGCUUGAAACAUCUUGAAGAACUCGAUCUCUCUGGCACAAAAAUUUCUGAACUCCACGCCGAUUCGUUUAAAAAUGAUCAGAGCUUGAAGAUCCUUUUCAUGCAAGAUAUGCCUUUCCUGUGGGGUAUCGAAGACUGUGCCUUCUGUGGUCUUGAGGGCCUCCAGGAAGUUCACUUCAAAAAUUCCUCCCAGCUCUACAGUGUUCACAACAAUGCCUUUGGGUUUGAGAAGGGAAAGGAUGCGACGAAAAGCCUCACGAAAGUCGUCUUUUCAAAGUGCAAUAUCAGUACUUUGCACGAAGCGCUUUUUGAUGAGGAUUUGGACUUGGAUCUGCAGCUUGAUGGUAAUAAAAUUAUUUGCAAUUGCAAUACGACCUGGUUGCUUGGGGAGCAGCGAUUUAAAUUUGCUACUACAAGCCAGGCACCGAGAUGCGCUGCACCAGAAAUCGCUAGAAAUCGCGAGUUGAUGGCUGUUGAUCCGGCGGAUGUUUGUGACGCUGUUAUGAGCCGGAAUAAGGGAGCACGAAUGAUUAAAUGGUUUUUAAUGACGCUGAUGUUUUCGACAAUCGGUGUCCUUGGAUAUUACAUGGUUGCUACCGGGAAAGUGAAAAAAUGGAUUACCCCGAAACCUCGUGAAAAUGUCCUCUACUCAAACCUCCAAACCAACGAUGAACAACCCCUCGAAAAAGAUUUCCAACCCCGACCUCAAGACGUU